UUGGUUAGCUGUGCUGGUGAUGAGCAAAUCGACAAGUCUUCGUUGAGAAUGUGCGACAAGGCCGUCGGCAAGGGCUGGUUUGGUGAAGUUACCUUGGCCAAAUACACGGUGAAAAAGAAAUCGUUUCUUAUUCAAAACAAAGUCGCAGUUUCUCUAUUCCGUAGUAUUUUGAAGCUGCGCAGGGAGCUGUUGGACGUGAAUAAAUGGCCUGGUGUAAAGUCGAAAGUGGCAAUCAAACGCGUAUCCCAGACAUCCCCUCAUGCCCUGGUUGGCGCAAUGGAAGUAGCCGUGAUGUUCGAGCUCGCAAAGAAUCCUAACGACAACCUCAUUCGUUUGGUUGGUUGGUAUUUUGAUACGGACGCUCUGCGCAUUGUGACAGAAUACAUGCCUGGUGGUAAUCUAGCAGACUACCUGUUGAUUGAAUUUCGCGAAUUCGCUCGACAAAUUGCCACUGGAAUGCGAGUUCUCGAGAAGAGGGAAAUUCAACACAGAGAUCUGGCUGCACGCAACAUCCUCCUUGACUCCAAAGGGCGACUGAAGAUCGCCGACUUUGGACUUAGUCGUCCACAGGGCUCGCACUUCACGUCUGGCGUCAUUGCAAUCAGGUGGGCUGCCAUGGAAGUGAUUCAGGAUGGCAGCAAGUACACACUCUCCUCCGACGUUUGGUCGUAUGGCGUGGUGUUGUGGGAGAUCUACAGUGUGGGUUAUGCGCCGUACAAUGACAUCGAAAAUGCGCAAUUGCUAGAGUAUUUGAAGGCAGGACAUCGUCUUGAGCGACCACUUAAUACUCCAGAUGAUAUGUACUCAAUGAUGACGGAUUGCUGGAAGGAGGACCCAUCGGAUCGACCUACCUUCAGUGUCAUCUGUGAUCGUUUGGCUGGUCGUGUCCACAGGCCAAAUCGUCCACCUCCUCCGCUUCUAACACCUGCGUCAUUUUGUUCAUGCUUUGAGAAUCCGCUAGUCCUGGUUGCACGAUCGCAUUGCUCGUGUUGCCAUAAUUUUGUCGCAUGCAAAUACUACGAAUUGUUAUGCAGCAUGACAUCGUCUGACUACAAAAUGCGUCUUUACACCUAA